UUCUCUGCCAUGGCCCUGCUGAAGGGGGCCCCAGGGCUGCUCCUGACUUUGACCUUGCACGUGGCCUUGUCUCUGAGCCCGUUCCCCAAUGCCUCCUUCUUCCCUCACUGGGAUUACUGCAUCCUGGGCGCAGGGCCCUCAGGCCUGCAGAUGGCCUAUUUCCUGGGGCAGGCUGGGAGGAACUAUGUGGUGUUCGAAAAGGCAGGGGCGCCAGGCUCCUUCUUCACCCGAUACCCCCGCCACCGAAAGCUCAUCAGCAUCAACAAGAGGUACACGGGCAAGGUCAACAGCGAGUUCAACCUUCGCCAUGACUGGAACUCCCUGCUGAGCCACGACGAGCACCUGCUCUUCCGCCAUUACUCCAAAGCCUACUUCCCCCACGCCAAUGACAUGGUGCGCUACCUGGGUGACUUCGCAGACAGGCUGAGCCUGCAGGUGCGCUACAACACAGCCAUCGUCCAUGUUACACUCAGCAAGAACCAGCACGCCUGGAAUGGUCACUUCUUCAUCCUCACUGACCAGAAGGGCCGAAGCUACCAGUGCAGUGUGCUCUUUGUGGCUACAGGUGUGUCCGUUCCCAAUGAAAUCAACUUUCCUGGAUCAGAAUUUGUGGAGGGGUAUGAGUCAGUAUCUGUCAACCCAGAGGACUUUGUGGGCCAAAAUGUGCUGAUCCUGGGCCGUGGAAACUCGGCUUUUGAAACAGCUGAAAACAUUCUUGGUUAUACCAACUUCAUCCAUAUGUUGGGUCGUUCCCGGAUCCGCCUUUCCUGGGCCACCCACUAUGUUGGAGACCUGAGAGCAGUCAACAACGGCCUCCUGGACACUUAUCAACUGAAGUCAUUGGAUGGCCUGCUGGAGACCGAUUUGAAGCAUCUGGCCAUUGUGAAGGACAGUAAGGGAAGACUGCACAUCACUCUCCCAGUCCUUAUGGAUGAACCCAUUAAGAAUGUUACUGCCGAAGCCAUCUCCCUCCCUGAGGAUGAGAUAGACAACUUUGCCAUGCGGGUGCCCUAUGAUCGUGUCAUCCGCUGUCUGGGCUACAAAUUUGACUUCUCUAUCUUCAGCAAAGCUCUAGGACUGGCCCCAAAGAAAGGGCGGAAAAAAAAGUACCCAUGGAUUAAAGCCAGUUAUGAGUCCAAAGCCACUCGUGGGCUCUUUGUUCUAGGCACUGCCAGCCACUCCGUGGACUACCGGAAAUCUGCUGGAGGUUUCAUCCAUGGAUUCCGAUACACAGCCCGAGCAGUUCACCGACUCUUAGAAUAUCGCCAUCAUGGCAUCCCCUGGCCCUCUACUGUGCAUCCCAUCACACAGCUCACCAAUGCCAUCAUUCGCAGAGUGAAUGAAGCCUCAGGCUUGUACCAGAUGUUUGGUGUACUGGCUGACGUCAUCCUUCUGAAGGAGAACGCCACAGGCUUCGAGUACCUGGAGGAGUAUCCCAUCAGGAUGCUGGCAGAGCUGGAGACCCUUAGUGGGCGGGAAGCCCAGCAUGGGCUCUUCGUGGUCACCAUGGAAUAUGGCAAGAACUUCUCAGGACCGGACAAGGACGUCUUCUAUUAUGACCGGGCUGUAGGGGAGGUGGAAGAUGCUUGGCAGUCCAACUUCCUGCACCCAGUCAUCUACUACUAUCAGUGCCUCCCCACAGACAUGGAAGUGAUGUUCCCGACCCCAGGCUGGACCCUGCCUCGCCCAGUGGCCAUCCACCAUAUCGUGGAGGACUUCCUCACGGAAUGGACCGCCCCUCUUUCCCACAUCCUCCCUCUGAGGCGCUUCUUGGAGAACUGCCUGUAUACUGACCUUCGAGCCUUCUAUGCAGAGUCUUGCUUCCUGUUUGCUCUUACACGCCAGAAGCUGCCCCCCUUCUGCCAGCAUGGGUACAUGAAGAUGCAGGGGCUCAUGGGAAAUGAGAGACUGAGGCGCCACGGGAUCGAAAGUGGUCUCAUGGAGGACUACACCACCAUGGAUGAGCAGCCAGCUGACCAGAAGCCAGGGGUCCCUAGGAUCCCAAAUCACCCAUCCCAGCAUGCUACCAGCAUUAAGGAAGAGCUCUGAUCCAUGAGACUAGGGAGGGAUGGCCUUACCCAGGCCCAAGCUCGAUCUGUCCUUUGUCUUUCCAAGCCUGGGGGGACCCAACCCCUUCCACAGGCUGCAAUUGCCAAAGACCUUCCCCAAUCGUAAGUGAUAGGACAAAAAACAAUUUGGAGGACAAGAAGUGGCAGAAAUGCAGGCUGUGGUGCCCCCUCUACCCUCUCUGGAUACCUGGCAUAUCUCUAUUUGGGCCUCUGUGGGGUCUGAGCGGUGGUCCAGCACAUGCCCACCUCCAAUCACAAUCACUAAGCCACAAACUGGCCCAAUCAUGACACCUUUGACUGAACUCUGUGCUUCUGCUUUGGGGGAAAUGGGCUUGUUCUCUCCAGAGACCUUCUCUGAAUUUCCAUUUCAUAUGUCAAGUGCUUUCUUCCCAAAAGCAUCUCUCCCCCACUGGGCCUUUGCACUCACUUCAGAAUUGUCUGUGCCCAGUAUGAAACUCCUUUUCGGUAAACCCUACCUAAACUCAC